AUGAAGAACCAAAUAAUUGAUAACAAUGAACAUGAAGAGCCUGACAAACAUGAGCUGAAAAGAAGAAAAGAUUGUGAAGCUCAGAUGGAUGAGCACCAAAGAAUCAUUCACGAGGCUGAAGAGAAAGAAAAUUUCGAAUGUGAAGCUCAGUUGGAACCGGUUGCAUCUUUUGAUCUUCAAAAUACACAAGAUUUGCAGUUGGAUCUUCUGAUCACACCUAUAGCCUUCAUGUUUAGUAGUUUUGUGAAAGUUGUGAAUGUUCUGGCAACAGACAACGGUGCAGAUCACUUGCUUUUCUCAUUAUACCUAAAGCACAUGAAGCCGCAGUAUGAAACGUGGAGUGCAAGCAAAAUUACAGUUGUGUAG